UUAUUUACAUCUGCUGAAGAAACGUUUUCGCACUGUAAGUCUGAGCAUCAAUUUAAUAUCGAUACCAUGGUCCAUAAACAUGGACUUGAAUUCUAUGGAUACAUUAAACUAAUAAAUUUUAUUAGGCUUAAGAAUCCUACAGUUGAGUAUAUGAAUUCCAUAUGUAAUCCAGUGCCUUGGGAAAAAGAAGAGUAUUUGAAGCCAGUAUUAGAAGAUGACCUUUUACUUCAGUUUGAUGUAGAAGAUCUUUAUGAACCAGUGUCAGUCCCAUUCUCAUUCCCCAAUGGACUCAGUGAAAAUACCUCUGUUGUUGAAAAAUUGAAACAUAUGGAAGCCAGGGCACUGUCUGCUGAAGCUGCAUUAGCUAAAGCACGUGAGGAUCUUCAAAAAAUGAGACAAUUUGCUCAGGAUUUUGUGAUGAACGCAGAUGUCAGAACCUGGUCGGCAUCUACUACUGCCAUUGCAGACCUUCAGGAGGAUGAGGAUGGUGUUUAUUUCAGCUCAUACGGGCAUUAUGGGAUACAUGAAGAAAUGCUAAAGGACAAAAUACGAACAGAAAGUUACCGAGAUUUUAUAUACCAAAAUCCACAUAUCUUCAAAGACAAAGUAGUUUUGGAUGUUGGUUGUGGAACUGGAAUUCUCUCUAUGUUUGCUGCUAAAGCCGGGGCAAAGAAGGUUCUUGGAGUUGAUCAAUCUGAAAUCCUUUACCAGGCAAUGGAUAUCAUAAGACUAAAUAAACUUGAAGAUACUAUCAUACUAAUUAAAGGAAAGAUUGAAGAAGUUCAUCUUCCUGUAGAAAAAGUGGAUGUUAUUAUAUCUGAGUGGAUGGGUUAUUUUCUUCUUUUCGAAUCUAUGUUAGAUUCUGUUCUUUAUGCAAAGAACAAAUACUUGACAAAAGGAGGAUCGGUCUACCCUGAUAUUUGCACUAUCAGCCUUGUGGCAGUAAGUGAUGUGAAUAAACAUGCUGAUAGGAUUGCUUUUUGGGAUGAUGUCUAUGGCUUCAACAUGUCCUGCAUGAAGAAAGCAGUUAUUCCAGAAGCUGUUGUGGAAAUUUUAGAUCCAAAGACUCUUAUUUCAGACGCUUAUAGUAUUAAGCAUAUAGAUUGCCAUAAAACGUCUGUCUCAGAUUUGGAGUUUUCUUCAGAUUUUACCCUGAAAAUCACAAAGACAUCCUUGUGCACGGCAAUUGCUGGCUACUUUGAUAUAUAUUUUGAGAGGAAUUGCCAAAACAGGGUCGUGUUCUCUACAGGCCCCCAGAGUACCGAAACACACUGGAAACAAACAAUAUUUCUAUUGGAAAAGCCAUUUUCAGUUAAAGCAGCACUGCUUUGUGGUAUCCUAAUAGCCGUCUGCCGAUGAUUAAACAAGGUGGUACAGCUCAGCUCCAUAGAGAAUGUCUUUUGCAGCUCUCACCACAGUAUACAUGCUCAACAACAUCAGUCAUUUUAUAUCUAUUUGACACUGAUUAAUUACUC